AUGACGGAUUUUUCGCGCACUUCAGUCGUGGGAGUGGACUUUGAACUGACUGCGAGGUACUCAGAACCGAAUCCAGUCGAACUGGAUGCGUCCGGGCUCAUUUGCUCCGCCAAAGACAGUAUAUCACAUCAAUUGGUUGCCAUCAAGAAGCUCACCAGGCCAUUUGGCUCUGCUAUGCUCGCGAAACAAGCUCUUCGCGAGGUUAAAUUGUCAAGAUAUUUGCAACAUGAAAAUGUUAUCGGCCUCGUGGACGUGUUUAUCUCGCCCAAGGAAGACCUAUACAUUGUGACGGACCUUAUGUGGACCAAUCUCCAAAGACUGAUUGCAAAAGGCAGAAUCGAAAAUGACUUUGCAAAAUAUUUCCUCUACCAAAUAUUGCGCGGAUUGAAAUACGUUCACUCCGCUGGCAUCAUCCACCGUGAUCUCAAACCAAGCAGUAUACUAAUCAAUGAAAAUUGCGACUUGCGAAUAGCCGAUUUUGGACAUGCACGGCUACGAAAUCACCAGAUGACAGGCUAUGUUUCUACGAGAUAUUACCGUGCUCCGGAGAUCAUGCUCACGUGGCAAGAAUAUUCGGAAAAAGUCGAUAUCUGGAGCACAGGCUGCAUUUUUGCUGAGAUGUUGCGGGGCACGCCAUUAUUCCCGGCUACGACUCAUGCGGAUCAGUUUACUUUAUUUGUGAACCUUUUGGGGAACCCCGAAUCGCGAAUCGUGGAUAUGAUCAAAAACAAACAUACGAGAGCCUUUGUGCAAUCUCUGCCUCGAUGCAAAGGAGAACCCUUGUCGAAAACUUUUCCUGACCUCGACAAAGAUGCAAUGGGGAUCCUGGAACAAAUGCUAGAGUUUGAUGUUGAGAAAAGAAGUAGCGCGCGGGACGCGCUUCCACACCCAUAUCUGGCACCUUACCACGAUCCCACCGACGAGCCGGUGGUGAAGAUACCGUUCGAUUGGCGUUUUGAUAAUGCCGAGGUCUCUAUAGAUGCCUGGAAAGCCGCCGUGUAA